ACGCAUGGAGGUGUAUACACGUUCGUGUGAAUAGUUAGUUACUCGAAAAUGUUAUUCUUUAAGAGUCAUUUAUGAAAUUCUCCGGUGAAUUGAUGUUUAAAUUUCUAAUAAUAAUAGGCGACCUCUGAAACAGUUUUAAAAGUGGAGUUUUAUUUAUAAUAAUGGAUAUAAGAUUAUUCUUGUUGAGUUUUAUUUUGUAUUGGAAAUAUUCUGUGGUAUCGGCAACAGUAUGGUGUUUCCAAUGUGAAUCGCGGUUUACUCCACACACCAGUAGCAGCAGCGUGAACAACUGCGAAUUCUUUGACAGCAGCAACAAAUAUAUACAACAGUGCAACUCCUCCACUAUGUGUUUUAAGAAGAAAAUCACAAUUGACCUAGGGAAUAAUUUAAUAACGACAUAUCAACGGGGCUGCGCAUCUCAAACAAUGAGCGGUGAUCAAAAGAAAAUUAACGGAAAAUGGACUUUAGUAAACAACAUAUAUGAAGUUUAUAAGGAGACAUGUGAAGAGGAUGUCACCACGGAAUUUGAUCGACUCACAAACUCCCUGCAUUGUUACUGCCGCGGUGAUUUUUGUAAUACUUCUACAAAGAUUUCUAUUAACUCGUUACUUAUGACACUAAGCAGUAUAAUGAUUUUUAAAUAUAAGUAGACGCAAAAAGUUAUAAGGAAAUAUAGUUUAGGACUUAAAGUGUAUGAAAUCUGUGCACUGCGACGGUACGGAUUAACUGGGCAAACUGUGUAUCUGGUAUACAUACAUACGUGGAGAUAUAAUAAAGUACAUAUGCAUAUUAAUAACACACGAUUAUAAGAUGGAAGUUUGCUCAAAAUUAAUAUUUUAAAAGGCGCAUUAAGACGGUAUAAUCUCAUUGAAGUAGUAGGUAUUACAUACAUACUAUAUCUACAUGCAAUGUACGAUAAGAAUAUUGUCUAUUAAUAAUAUGAUGGACAUAACUGAAUCAUUAGAAAGUACGUCUGUCCAAAGAACUAAAAAAGUAUGCUUCAUUACGGUGCUUAUAGUCGUAAGUAUUGUUGCUAGUCAUUAUAUUUUUCAUUAUUAAUAACAUAGAACAAAUAAGUAAGACAGAGUACUUACUUCUUUAUCUGUGACAGAUACUAUGUAAGGGAUGGAGAUAAUAAUUCAUAACUCAAAGAUAGUAUUCAUUAGAAUUUACCCAAUACAUAAGUUUAUAUAAAAAAGUGGAAAUAUAGAGUCCUUAGUACUUUUGUGUAGACAUGAUAAAGUAACAUACCUAUUAUAAUAGGUUUGAAAUAAAGGAAGAACUACUACAUAUAAAAUAAGGAAAUUGUUGCACGUCUAACUAGUCAUAAAUAUCAGAACUUUCCUCUAUAUUAUUAUUUUUUC